CAGCACGACUUCGCUAACAGUAGACGAAGACUUUCAUUGCCAAAUGAACGAUGAACCAAGAUCGUAAUCACCAAAGUUGAUUGAGAAACCUCGGGACAUUGUUCAAAGAGUGACGCACCAAUCCUGACCACAGGAGCAUACUAGUACCGAGCCGUAUUGUAAACCUAAACCAACUUCUUGACAAUUUACUCCAGACCAACUUAUAUAGAAAUCACUGCAUCAGUCCAGCAAGACGAUUUCAAGUCCCAAUCAAUCACCAUCCCAGUCCAGGUCUCUCAUCUGCAAAAGAAGAUCGAAGCGGAACUCAAUCUGUUCGAUCGCGAUGCCGAACAAAUCAGGAUACACCUUCAACUUCUCCUCGUCCGUAUCCUACAGUUCAUCGACCAACGGUCACGGCACAACACACCGGGUGACAGAAUCCGUCACAAGCAACAAUCGCGAUGGUACCACGGUCCGCCGCGCACAGGAAGAAACAGGCAGACCACGCAUCCAGGAAGAGCGACACUAUGCUCCCGGCUCACGAUUAGGCGCCAGAGUCACUAAUGACAAUACGUCAAGUCAAGGCCGGAUCCAGGAUGUCACGGAUCAAGACGAUGAGGAUGAGGCGCAGAAGGAGCGCGAUCGACAGUACGAGGAGCGUAUGGAGGACGAGUAUGCUAAGAGGGAGGGCGGUGCGUAAUGCACGACUUUCAAGGAGCUGGGGAGAUACAGUACCUCCCAUGCCGAUACUCGACGACAUGGAGUGCCUUGGCUUCAACCUGAGUGGCCUGGAUCUUACUGCUUCAUUCAACACGAUUUCUCUGAAGAUGUGUUCUCGAUAGAAACGAGCGUGUCUCA